CUGGUGGGCAAGUGGCUAUCCCUUUGUGGAUAAGCGAAUGACAAUCUCCUGUUCCCUGCCACUGCCAACUGAUCCGUUUGGAUGAAUCCAUCCCGUUCAGCCUGCGCCGCCAAUCAGUAUCCCGUGCCGCGCCCAUGUGUCGUCGGUCAAGUGCGGAGUCCGACUCUAGUUCGGUUGGGCUGGGUUUAGCUCGACGCGCCCCAGGCUUAGUUUGCUUGAUCCCACCUACACGACUGAUAUGCCAAUCGGCACCCCAAUCCCCUUGCACGUGGACGACGUACCUUGUUGAUGGUCGCUUAUCAGCGCAUGGCUGCAGGUUUCUCGUCCGUCGCUAUGGCAGCUUCCCAGACAGAUAAAGCCCGGCCGCCUCGCGAUCGUCUGGAUCUGCGAUACGGGCUCCAAUAUCUCUCACCAUGAAGGCUACUACCGCUUCUGUCCUGCUGGCGCUGUCCGCAGCCGUCAAUGGCCGCCCUGUCGUCGAUACCGAGUACGCCUACACGGGUCCGGAUGUUCCAGUUGGCGAUUGGGUUGAUCCUACCAUCAAUGGCAACGGCAAGGGAUUCCCCCGUCUGGUUGAGCCACCCGCUGUGAAGCCUGCCUCCUCCAACCCGACCAACAACGUGAACGUGAUUUCGCUGUCCUACGUUCCCGACGGCAUUCACAUUCACUACCAGACCCCCUUUGGUCUGGGCCGUGCUCCGGAAAUCAAGUGGGGAAAACACCCUAAGAACCUUAAUAAGGUCGCUUCGGGCUUCACCCAUACCUAUGACCGCACUCCGUCUUGCUCCCAGGUCAAGGCCGUCACCCAGUGCAGUCAAUUCUUCCACGAGGUCUCUCUCGACGACCUGAAUCCUGGCACCACCUACUACUACCAGAUUCCCGCUGCCAAUGGUACCACCGCGUCCGAAGUUUUGAGCUUCAAGACCGCCCAGAAAGCCGGUGACCCCAAGGAGUUCAGCGUUGCUGUCCUGAACGAUAUGGGCUACACCAAUGCCCACGGUACUCACAAGUAUCUGGCACAGGCUGCCAACGAGGGCGCUGCUUUCGCUUGGCACGGUGGAGAUAUCAGCUAUGCUGAUGACUGGUACUCGGGUAUUCUACCUUGUGCCGAUGACUGGCCCGUUUGCUACAACGGCACCAGCACUACCCUGCCUGGCGGCGGUGCCAUCCCCGAUGAGUACAAGCAGCCCCUUCCUAAGGGCGAGAUUGCCAACCAGGGUGGUCCCCAGGGUGGUGAUAUGAGUGUCCUAUACGAGUCUAACUGGGAUCUGUGGCAGCAGUGGAUGGGUGAUGUCACCAAGAAGAUUCCCUACAUGGUUUUGCCCGGUAACCACGAGGCUGCUUGUGCCGAGUUCGACGGCCCCAACAACAUCCUCACUGCUUAUCUGAAUGAUAACAAAGCCAACAGCAGUGCUGCCAAGGACGCUCUGACUUACUAUAGCUGCCCGCCUUCCCAGAGAAACUUCACUGCCUACCAGCACCGUUUCCGUAUGCCCGGUGAGGAGUCUGGUGGUGUCGGCAACUUCUGGUAUUCUUUCGACUACGGUCUUGCCCACUUCGUCUCCAUCGACGGCGAGACCGACUUCGCCAACAGCCCCGAGUGGUCCUUUGCCGAGGAUCUCUCCGGCAACGAGACCCACCCGCAGGAGUCGGAGACCUUCAUCACCGAUAGUGGUCCCUUCGGUGCUGUUGAUGGUAGCGUCAAGGACACUAAGUCUUACGAGCAGUACAAGUGGCUGAAGAAGGACUUGGAGAGUGUGGACCGCAAGAAGACUCCCUGGGUCAUUGCUAUGAGCCAUCGUCCUAUGUACAGCUCUGCCUACUCCUCUUAUCAGCUGCAUCUCCGCCAGGCAUUUGAGAGCCUGAUGCUCGAGAACGGUGUUGACGCGUACAUUUCUGGUCACAUCCACUGGUACGAGCGUCUCUUCCCCCUCGGCACCAACGGCACUAUCGACACUGGCUCCAUCAUCAACAACAACACCUACCGCACCAACGCCGGCAAGUCCAUGACUCACCUCAUCAACGGUGCCGCCGGAAACCUCGAGAGCCACAGCGAGUUCAGCACCGGCCAGAGUCAGAAGAACAUCACUGCCGUCCUCAACAACGUGGACUUUGGCUUUAGCAAGUUGACGGUUGUCAGCGCGACUACCCUGAAGUGGGAGUACAUCCGCGGCCAGGAUGGAAAGGUUGGUGAUUCUCUGACGCUGCUGAAGCCGGCUAGCCACAAGUCUGGCAAGCGCAUGCCCGCUAUUUAAUUGGUGAAAAACGCUAUCUGGAUGAUUUAUGUAUGCAUAGAUGAAUGUUGUAUAUAUAAGCUGUAACCGAUGAUUUCAAUACCUAGGAAUAUGCUUUUCCAUAUCGAACCAUUCAAAUAUCUG